CCGAGUCUCCCGCGUUCGCCUUCAGCAGUCGCUGCUCUCUCGCUCUCUUCCCUCUCUCUUUGCGUGAUGAUGGGUGCCAUGGGGUUAGGGUUUAUCCGGCGCCGGUCCGUCAUGAGAGCCUUCUCUACCGCCUCGUUCCGUCCCGUUCCUCUUCUGAGAGAUAUCUUCGGUUCUUCCUCUCGCUCACCAUUUCCUCCUUCCGGCAGUGCGGCGGAGUUCGGUAUCUUAUCCCCCUCCUUCCACACCAUCUCGACCCGUAAAGGGUUGCCGUUGGGGUUCACGCGUUCUUUCUCCGAUUCCCCGAAUGACGAUUCGAAGGAUCCGAAGCAAUCAGCAGCCUCGUCGUCGAUCAAGCCGGUUUCUUACCCCGUGAAGCCUAAGGAUGCUUCUUCGGCUUCUUCUCCAGCUGAAGAGAUUCCAGCGUCGCCGUCGCCGCCGCCUCCAAGGAGAUUGCGAACUGCUGGUCCCAGGCAACAGGCGCCGCCGACGGAGCGGUUGGAGAGUGAGGCUCGAGAAUGGACGCGGGAGGAUAUUCGCUAUGUGAAGGAUGCGCCUGUCAUUGCGCCUGUUUCGUAUCCUACCCGCGUCGCGCCGCUCCCUGAGGAUCGGGUUUUCGCGGAGGAAGCAAAGGACGAGGCGAAAGCGGGGACCAAGGUGGAAGUGAAGGAGGAAAGUGAGGAGGAUCGAGACGGCCGGAAGGCGGAGCUGGAGAAAGAGACGAGGAGGAUCGAGAGGGAGGUCCGCGUGCGGAGAUUGACUAGGGAAGAAGAAGAGAGCCUGCCGUUCCCUACGUUGUUAAGGCCAGAGAAAGGGAAAACGAAGGCUGUGAUGGAUUUGCAGGAAGCAAUAAAGGAAGUCAAGGCUCAUGCUAAAAGGAAGUUCAGUGAAACUGUUGAAGCACAUGUAUCUCUGGGUGUUGAUCCUCGGCGUGGUGACCAGAUGGUGCGUGGUGCUAUAACUCUCCCUCAUGGAACUGGCAAGGUUGUCACAGUUGCAGUUUUUGCCGAAGGCUCAGCAGCUGAUGAAGCCAGGGCUGCAGGAGCUGAUAUAGUUGGUGGGGACGAACUGAUUGAACAAAUAAAAAAUGGAGGUGGCAAGCUCAAUUUUGACAAAUGUAUUGCAGUUCCAAGUUUUAUGCCCCGACUUGGGAAGAUUGCAAGAAUUCUUGGUCCUCGUGGUUUGAUGCCAAACCCUAAACUAGGAUCGUUGACAAAUGAUGUCACUUCUGCUGUACAAGAGGCCAAACGCGGUCGCGUUGAUUUUAAAAUUGAUAAAACUGCCAUCGUGCAUGUCGGCCUUGGGAAGGUGAAUUUCGCUGAUGAGGCCCUUCGUGAGAAUGUUGGAGCUUUUGUAAAUGCCCUUUUGCUUGCAAAACCGGUGGGUCUGAAGAAAACGUCCAAGUAUGCUGGAUACGUGAAUUCAUUUACCUUGUGUAGCACGAUGGGUCCUGGAUUUCCUGUUUCAAUACAGUCUCUGUCUAUGGCUGCAGAUCACUACAGUAAGCUAAAACUUCAGUGAGUCGCUGCCCUUCAAGCAAAGUUAAUAUAUCUACACCGUUGGCAGAACACAGGUUCUGCUGCUGUAACGAGGAGUAGGAAAAUCUUUUUUCAUUUUUCUCCUUUUAAUUGUCCAUGUAAUGUUAGCUGAGCUGGAAUUUUGAAAUUCUCAGCUUUCAAACUUCUUGCCUGAGCAAGAAUUUACGGUUAUGUUUUACCGCAAUUACCAGAAUGGUGGAGGCGUUUUUGUCUAAAAUAAUGUUAUAGUUACCAUUUGAUUGAUCAUUAGAAUUAA